AUGGACAAAGCAUUAGGCCAGCUGUCGGAGACAUUAAGGCAUCCGAGCGACUUGCAAACAAAACUUGAAAGCGUGGAGAGGUCCACGAGAGAGGCUUAUGAAAACCAUGACCAGAACCUUACGGAAAUGAUAUCGAAGUGCUACUCGAGCAUACUGAACAUAUCAAAGAGGAUAUAUGGGCUAGAGGAGCACCUUAAGGACUUUGUCGAGAGUAAGGACAGGAAUGUAAGGGUUCUGAAGGACUUUUUUUCUCUUGUGAAGGACUAUAGAUCUGUGAAGAUGGUAUGUUUAGCACAUUCAAACCUAUGCAAGGUGAUUGAAUUUUCAGAUAGGUUGAAAGGAAUAGAAGACUCUGUUGUGUCUGAAGACAUUGUUGCAUAUCACACCAAAGUGUAUGAUGCGGAGGACUUUGGGUGCCAAUUAGACAUGUACAAUUCUGACAUAUCCCACGACGACUAUAUUGAGAUCAACAAGGCGCUGAACACGAUUGAAAAGAACUCACUAGACUUCACUGCAAAGCUCCUCGAAAUUUGUGAGGAGUUUAUUGAGAACCAUGAAGCCAUGAGCAAGGUGGUCCAGAUAGUUGAAAAGGAGGAGUCUCGGGAUGAAUUGACGAGAAAGGUCCAGGAAGGCGAAAAGAGUGACGAUCCGGUGCUCAAGGAGCUCCAUCGAAUGUAUAGGAUGUAUGCCUCUAGAAAGCCGAAGAUGCUAAAGGAUAAGGUGAUUAAGUCCAUCGAAGUGUCGGUCAAAAACAAGUUCGACAAGCUAAGAGAUGAGGAAAUAUUUGUGAACAAGAUGGACUUUGUGUUGAAUGAUUUAGCUUUUAUCAAAGAGAACAUAAGAUUUAGCUUCUACUCGUUCGAUAACAUUCUGAUGCUAUACCACGAUAAUCUGAGGCUAUUUCUUGAUGAGAAUACAGAGAGAUUGGAUGCCGGUGAAAUACUAGCCAUUGUCGAGUAUGUCGGUAACUACUACGACACCAUCGAGUCUAAGUUUAAUAAGAUAGCUGAUGCACUAGGAAAAAGGCUUCUGAGCAACGAGACCGAGCUACUGGAGAAGUAUACCAAGACAGCCCAGGACAAGCUGAAGGAAUGGAUUAUGAACAUUAACAGAAUUGAGGUUGAAAAGUUCUAUGCUAGGAACGAAGAGCUCUCGAGGGAUGAAGAAGACAAGCUUAUAAGCCCUGGGUUUGUUAGUCUUCUCCAAAUAAUUAGGAUGCAGCUGGAGCCCAUUGCAUUCAACAAGAGGAUCUUUGCUCACAUAACAAGGACGAUUACAAAAUACUGCGAGGUGUUCAAACAGAAUCUUGUUGAGGCCAUGAGUAAGGAUUUCAAGCCAUCUUGCGAGAUGAAUAGCAAGGCAGGAUACGAGGACUUUUGCAUCAUGUUUGGAAACAGCGGCCUCAAAAUAGCCCAGUACAUUACAUCCCUGCCAUCGUAUCACAACGAUGAAGUCAAAGAGCUGGGAGAUAUAUUCAUAGACAUUUUGAAGGCCUCAAACACAUUUCUAUCUGAGUUCAUCAUAUAUGCAUGCCAGCCUGCAAUAGAUAAGAUAUUCACCGAAGAGUGGUGUAGCGGAAACGUCACAAAGGUUGUGAUUCUGACCUUGCAGGACUUUCUUUCUGACUACCAAAACACGAUGAGCGAAUACUCCUUCAUCACAUUUAUCCAUGAGCUUUCGACAUCUGUAGUAUUGGCCUAUAUGAAGCAAUUAGGGAGAAAGCGGGCAACUGUGGCCUCGGAAUGCAGCAAGAUCCUGAAGUCUGACCAUACAAAGUUGUGUGAGCUACUCAGCAGUUAUGGAGAUAAGGAAGAUGUGAAGACCUGCCUUUCUCCCAUUCUCAAGAUCAUUCCUCUAAUGGAAACAAGAAACGACGAUCUUUUCAUUGUGGAGGUGAAGUCUUUGAAGCUCAUAUAUCCUGACAUGAGGAAGAGUUUCAUCAAGACGAUCAUAAAGAAGAGACAGGACCUUACCGAGGAUCAGAAGAAGGUAUUUACAGACAGACUCAAGGAGUGCUUUGCUGACGAGGCAAGCAGGGAAAAGACAAUCUUCUCUCGAUUGCUCAAUCUGUAA